GUAGCAUCACCUGGCGGUGGAUCUUACGGUAUUGCAACCGGAGCAAACAGUGGCUCAUUUGGUGGCGUCGGUUCUUAUGGCGGUAGCUCUUACAGUGGCGGGGGAUCAUAUGGCGCAGCACCUGCCAUCAACUCACCCUCAUCCUACUCAUCUGGACAACAAUCCUACAGCGCAGCACAAGUUGCGGGGCCCCAGCCGUCGUAUUCCGCACCGCAACAAUCCUAUGGUGGUCCUCAGGUAGCUUCCCCUCAACAAUAUGCUUCCUCUGGCGGAUACUCGGCCGGCGGCUCAUCAGGCGGUGUACCGCCCCCACCACCACCACCUGUACCCCAGUUUCCACCGGCAAAUGCACCUGCUCCUGGGCAGUAUUCAGAGGGGCCUGAAGCGCAGGGUGGUGCUGCCGCGGGUGGGCAAUUUCCUGAAGGUGCAGCAGCGGGAGCAGCUCCACCACCGCCACAACCAUCAUCUGGUGGCCAAUCGCAAUACAGCGAAGGACAGCAAGGCCAGGCAGUAGAAGGCGGAGCAGCUCAGCAACCGGCACCAGCGCAGCAACCGACACAGCCGCAAGGUGGCGAAACUUAUCAACAAGGGACCAGAUUGCGGUGGCGGCGACAGUAA